CAAAUCAGCUAAGUCAACCCUGUUUACCUCAGCUGGUCUAUUGUUUAACAUUUACUGGUCUGUCUGGUUUAUAACAUUAGUGCCAGUCAGGGAAGACGGGAGCAAUGUUUUUGGUUGUUGUUGCCAGUUUUUCUUUAAUGUUGGCCGUUGGUCAAACAAAACCCAUCACGGAUUCCUCGUACGUUGCUGCUGUGUAUGAGCACAACGUAAUCCUGAACCCAGAGUCUCAUGUGACCGUGUCCCGCCAGGCUGCCCUGCAGCAUAUGCAGAAAAACCUGGAUAUCUACGAGAAGCAGACAGCCCGAGCUGCUCAGCAGGGAGCCCAGAUCCUGGUGUUUCCAGAAGAAGGUAUUCGGGGUUUCGAAUUCAGCCGUUCAUCCAUCUCUGGCUACUUAGAAACCAUCCCUGACCCCCAGCAGGAGAGCUGGAACCCCUGCACAGAGCCGGGCAGAUACAACAAAGAGCUGGAACCCCUGCACAGAGCCGGGCAGAUACAACAACACUGA